UUUGUCUGCAUUAGUGGCAGCCCAAACAGGAUGAGGGCAUUUGGCCAGUUCAUGCACAAGGAGCUGGGACUGAUGGGCGCGGAGGACCUGGCAGACAUCUGCGUGGGGAUGGCCCGGUAUGCCACGCACCGGGCUGGGCUCUCCAUCAGCCACGGGAUGGGCAUCCCUUCCAUUUCUAUCAUGUUUCAUCAACUAAUCAAACCGCUGCGCCAUGCAAAACGCCGAGACGUUACUAUUACACGCAUCGGUACUUCCGGAGGCUUAGGGAUGGAGCCCGGGCCUGUUGUGAUCAUGGACACGGCAGUGGAUGACUCCUUCAAGCCACGGUUUGGGCCGGUGGUGCCGGAUGACGUGGUGGUGCGGAGCACUGGGCUGGACAAGGACCUUGCAGAGGAACCACUCGCCUGCAGCAAGGAGAUUCCUGACUUUCCCACGCCCAUCGGCCAUACCAUGUGCACCUAUGACUUCUAUGGAAGCAAAAUGAUCUUUGACUGUCCUUCCUCCCCCCAAACAUAA